UCAGAGGAGGAACACUUUAUACAACUCCUUUUAUGUUAUUCCACGCCACCUUCUCCUUCGACAGCCUUAUAAGACAUUAAGAACAUGAAAGGCUGACAUAUUGUGCAUGAAGUUCACAGACCGCUGAUGAAGGACAAAUCCUCGUGAUGUGUGAGCUCUAAAUGUGGAGAGUGGAGAGAAAACAAAGUGAAAGCACCAUGAACCUUCAGAUGCGAUGGACUCUUCUUAUCUUAUUGUUUCUACACAACACAGAUAUCUCCUGGGCAGACAGCUUCAUCGUUGUUGGUCCUUCUAAGCCCGUCGUCACUUAUGUCGGUGAAGAUGUGGUCCUGCCAGCCUCCCUCUCACCAGCGCUUAAUGCCGAGGCCUUUGAAGUGAGGUGGUUUACAACUGACAUCAGGACACCAGAGCUGUUAUACACCAAUUACAAUAUCAGGAUACAGAGUGACACAAGAAGAACUCUGAGCUUAGACAACCUCAAGAAUGGCAACGUGUCUCUAAUAAUCAGAAACGUCCGUGUUUCAGAUGAACAGCUCUACAGAUGUAAUGUGUACUCAGGACAAACAGAAGAGGAGACUCAGGUCUCACUCACUGUUGAAGUUUUAGGUGCUCAGCCCUCCAUUUCUAUGAGCUCCACUGAAGGCCAGAAGACCGACUGGAGUGCAGCUCGGAGAAGAGAAACCCCAACCAGAAGUCACCUGGAGGGACAUGAAUGGGGCAGACGUGACGUCACAGUCCACAAUAAAGUCAGAGCGGGACUCCGAGGGUCUUCUGAGAGUGAGCAGCGUCCUCCCGGUGAAGGAGGAGUACAACGUGUUCAGCUGUCUGAUGAGAAGUAA